AUGGGGAACCUGCCCUGGAACCCCCGGAUUGGGAUGGAGGAGAUGGAGCGCAACACCAUUGGGGUACAGAGCACCUCCCCAGGCACGGAUGGAAUCACAGUGAGGAUGCUCAAAGCAUGCUGGCAGCAUGUGUCCCUCUUUAUACAGCAGCUAUACAACUGCUGCCUCCGGCUCUGCCACUUCCCACGAGCCUGGAAACUGGCAGAGGUGGCAAUGAUACCCAAGGUGGGUAAGAGAGAUAGAAGCUCAGUCCGCUCCUGGAGGCCCAUUGCCCUGCUUUCAGUAAUCUCCAAAGGGCUGGAACGCAUCAUUGCAAGGCGACUGGCGUACACGGCACUCAUUCACGGCAUAGUCAGCCCACAGCAUGGGGGGGCGCUGCCCAGACGAUCUGCAAUGGACCUGGUAGCUGCUUUCACUCAUGAGGUGGAGGCAGCCUUCGCACAAAACAAGGAAGUGUCCAUGGUCACAAUGGAUGUGCAGGGUGCCUUUGAUGCUGUGCUGCGCAGGCGGCUGCUUCAGCGGAUGGCGCAGCAGGGGUGGCCACGCGAGCUGCUGCAGCUCAUUGACAGUUUCCUCACUGAACACAGAGCUCAGGUCCGGCUGGAGGGGACCACCACAGCAGCACAUCAGAUGCAAUGUGGCACGCCACAGGGGUCUCCUUUGUCACCAAUACUGUUCCUUCUGUACCUGGCAGAGCUGCUGUGGCAAAACUCGGAGUUGCGCUUUGGCUAUGCGGAUGAUCUGAACAUCUGUAUUCUGAGGUGGGGGGAGAUAAACAAGGUGGCCUUCGCACCAGAGAAACUUGAGAUGAUCCAUCUUACAAGAAAGCGACACAAUGAGGCACCAGCAGUAGUUGUGUCUGAGGAUCUCACUGUUCACCCUGUUACUGCCCCAGCUGGACAGGAGCCAGCACUUCGCUGGCUGGGUGUACACUUCGACAGAAGGCUCACCUGGAGACCACAUGUCUCCACCCGGGCAAAGAAGGCAAGGGCCGUGGCCCAGCACAUCCGGAGUCUGGGAAAGACCAGAGACGGGCCCCCAGCAGACGCUUUGCGGAAGGCGGUCACCACCUGCGUGGUUCCCUCACUGCUCUAUGGCACAGAGGCCUGGUACGGCGGCCGCACGCAGCCAGCAAGGCACACGGGUAGGAGUGGGGAGGUUAGCUCCCGCCUGGGAUGGCAUGUGGGGACAGUUGAGAAGGUGCUUACUAUGGCAGCCAGAGGGGUCCUCCCAGUUUUCCGUACAACGCCCAUCGCUGCCCUAUACCGGGAUGCUGGGCUCCCAUCAGCAAUGGUAGCUCUGGAGGAGGCCAAAAUUCGAUUCGCGACAAGGCUUCAGGUGGUGGAUGAGAAGCACCCACUGGCUUCACGGAUAGCACCUCCAAUGAUCACACGAGGAAGAGGGGCUGGAACCCGGCAGCGCUCAAAGACCAAGAUCCAGCGGUUGGGGGCGCUGCUACCUGAAGUCAAUAGACCCACACUUGCCAUCCCACACUACUCAGAGGGAUGCGGGACAGACCCCACAGAGGGUGUAGACAAAAAGAGUGCUGCUCAGGCAUUCAAGGAAUGGUGGAGAAGUCAACCCUCAACAGAUCUAUAUGUUUUCUCAGAUGGAUCAGAACGGAGCCUUGACAACAGCAGGCAGGCAGUUGGUGCCUGCUGGGCAUUAGAGUGCGCCGUGAAGCUCCUACCUUGUGUCACAGAGGACAGCAGCAACCCUCAGAUCUGGCUCUGCCUCGACAACACCUCAGUCAUCUGGGGCAUACGGGGCAGUGCAGCAGCCUCCUCAAACUGGGCCUACAACCGCUGCCAUGAGCUCCUCAGACAGCACAAUGUCAGCCUGAAAUGGGCUCCUGGGCAUAUGGGGAUAGAGGGCAAUGAGGAAGCAGACCGCUUGGCUAAGCGGGCAGUCUCAUCCACUGCAGCCCCAGCCUAUGGUCUCGAGGCCACACCCACAGUCAGUGGGGUCCGCACAGUGGCCAAGCAGCUCAGCCAAGAGGCAAGGCGAAAGUGGUGGAGUGGAGCCUGUGGCAAGCUCUCUGACUGGUACCGGGGCUGGAGUUUCAGCAGGCCGACUGUGGAAUACCAAGUGAAGGCCCCUCCGGAGCUCACCAUGCCACGGCAUGCCCUUCACCGCUGGCUCGCACUCCGCUCCUCUCAUGGGGACUUCUCCUGGUACCACAGGCGUUUCCAGCAUGCAGAUGCGAGGCUCACCUGUGUCUGUGGACACAACAAGAGCCCAGAACAUUUGGUGCUCUGUCGACACUCACAGAGGCACUUUCUUCACUUGCCCAAGAGGCCAGCAGCACGGCCACACAACCGGGCGACAGCUGUUGCCUAUCUAGGGUCUCUGACCCCUACAGACUUUGUAGAACUGCUGGACUCAGUUCCACGAGGCCGGCCUGCUGAGUACACCCACGGUAGCUAG